GUUGCAGAUUCAUGAAUUUGAUUGUAUGUUUAAUUGCAAUGAUUAGUGCAGUAAAUCAGUGGUAAUAUUGAAAGGGAAUCUGUAAAGGAAGUGCUGUACAGAGAACGGAAAGAAUACUGAUGUCAACAUACAACGGUUUCAAAAACCAUGUAACUCUAUCCAAACAUCCAGCUCAAGAUCUAUAUGAUGAUUGUACUAUGGCGGUUAAUUCGUAUGAUUGUGAUUACAAUAAGCCCUACUCGCCAGAAUCUUCGGAACAUGGUAGCGGAAUGGACGUGUCAGUUUAUACGCCAUCACCGGUCCAACAUUACACUUCUGCUGUUGCCACAUCAUCUAAUGCUCCGGCGAUGCAGAUGGAGGGCAAAACUGAUAACAAAUUCUUGUCAUCAAGUGUUAUUAUCGAUGUGGAUGAUGGUGGAGAUGAUAAUUCAUCCCGUAGUGAUUCGCCGAGCUUCAAAGCUUCAUUGCAAACUACGGAGAUCGAAGGGAAUGAAAGGGUGAUGGGAGAAGAAAUUGAAGUGGAUGACGAUGGUUUGGAAGAAAUCAUAGCUAAUGCUUUGAUUGAGCAAUUGGCUGGUGGAGAUGAAAGUGAAGUGCGACGUCGGCCGUAUAAUCCAAUUGGACCCGAUUGUGAUGAGCUGCGGAAUAUGCUUGCCGUUGCUGUACGACAAGAAAAACAGGCUCGGGAACUUAGGAAGAAACGAUCUCAUAUGUCUGGUGUUGGUUGGCUAAUUUCAAAGUUGUUUUCCAUUAAUACAUCAGCAGAAAGCGAGAAAAAGGAAAGAGUUGUGCUUGAUCAGUACGGACGAAGAUUAGAAACCAGCCGAAAAGAAAAUCAACCGAGGAAGUGGGUGUAUCACCCGGAAAUUGUUCGCGCGAAUGCUUCAUCAGAUAAAACGACAUUUCCAAUACGACUUCAAGAUGGUGUGCUUCUUAGUGAACUUCCACCUCCUCCCCCACAUCCUACAGUUCCAGAUGAGAUACGGAAAGCUAUACGUGCUAAAAUGGUUCGAUGCAAAGUAUGUAAAAAUCGUUUUAUUGAAAAAAAUUUGUAUGAACGACAUCUGCGGGACCGGCAUUAUACCGAAUAUCUGGUGUAUUUGAUACAACAGGAAGAGGACAUUGCCGAACAAAGACAGGCCGAGCUUGAAGCAAAUCGGAUUGAGGAACUUGCAACAGGAGGUUACAUCCCACCAGAGCAUGAAAUAGAUGCGGAAUCUUAUGAAGUCGAAGUUGACAAGAUACCGUUGCCUGGUGAAUUAAGUGGUGGUAUCCCAGCACGUUUCGAUCGACAUGGUUUCUUGCGUCAACCAAAACGUUCUUACAAGAAAAAAGUCUCUCCACAAUGUCCGUUCUGUGAUAAACGGUUCAGGAAUGAGGUGUCUUUGAAAAAGCAUUUCGUAAAGAAACAUCCAGAAACCGUUGAUUUCGUCCAAUGUUUACGUUGUUUCAAAGCAGUAAAAACGAAAAACGAACUGUCAGCUCAUGAAUGUGACUUGACAUUUAUCUGCUUUGAAUGUACGCCAUUGAGGAAUCUCUGCACUCAACAAAGAUUGCUUAAUCACCGGGCAAAAUUCCAUCGUGGUGCGAAUUCAGGUUUCAAAUGUAAUAUGUGUACCUUGAAAUUUCUUACACCGCGAAAACUCAGGAAGCACAAAAAAAUGGCUCACGUUUUCACGAAAACUUUUCCUUGUCACUUUUGCGAUGAAUUAUUCACAAGCGAAUGUUCGGUGACAACACACGAGCGUAUUCAUACGGGUAUAAUCAAAUUUGAAUGUCGAAUCUGUGACUUCAAAUGCAAUCGUUUUGUCUGGAUGGAAGAACAUCAAAAAGAAGAGCAUGGCUAUAUUUGUUCCGUAUGCCAGCAUAAAUGCGCUGAAUGGGGUGCUCUUAAAGAUCAUACUUUACAAGAGCAUGGUGGUUAUUUGACCAGUGAGUCAAAUGCAGGUUAUAUCGAUAGCCCACGUGUGUGGGUCAUGUAUAAGGGCGAAUAAAAGCGCUGGGAAUUGAAACGCCAGCUCAAAAGUGAUAAGCUGGGUCAAUCUUCACGUAAUCCACAUUGGCUUAAUUUUUUUGCAGAUUGCAAUUCCAGACAUAUUUCCUCAUUUGCUUAUUGUGUUGUUGUUGUUACGUUUAUAUACGUCGUCGUCAUUUUCUUGAAUUUAACAAGUCAGAAUCUCGCAACAUCAGUAUGUAAGGUUUGGUUUAUAUCCCGUUGAUUCCAUUUGGUUUUGCACUUGCCGCAAUCAGAUAUGAUGUGCUUAGCUUUCAGGAUUAAGUUUAUUUGGAUAUUCGGAAUUUUUGUUUUUUUCUAUUCGUUGAUGUGAUCACAUCUUUUGCACAAAGUUGCAGUAAGUACCUUAGUUAAGCCUAUAUCAUUCGAUCAUCUGAAGAUGUUUCCUUGAUUUGGUAACAUUCGUCACGUAUGUUUUUGCCGUAUCUUUUAUAUGGAGAAGAGCAUGAUGUGCUUGCCUGGAUCGAAGCACGUCAUUUUUCGUACUUAUGGGAUAAGCUUAAACGUUUGCAUACUCAUCUGUAUUCACUGUCUGGACAUAUCUUCGAGGGAAAUUAACGAAUGUUCGUCGCAUUUUGUCAUCGCAUUCGGAAUGUAUCUUUUCACUGUUUCGAAACGUGUGUUAUAAUUUUCAUUGUUUUCUUGCUGGUUACAUUGUUAUACUAUGAAAUCAAAGUUGCGAGAUCUGAUGGUAAGCUCGAAAUAGUCAACCAAAUAAAAAAUAUCUGGUAAAUUUGCGAGAUCAUAUUACAAUGAAGGUAAUAUAUGUGGCAAAUUGAAAGUAUGAGUAAGUGUGACGGUAAAAAGAUGGUUUUUAAAGGCGAAAUCAGUGAAUUUGGGUUUGUCGCG